GGACAGACAGACACACGCUUGUCAGUCGGUAGCUUUCAGUUAACUGCUGUGUAUUUGAGUCGCUCGUUAUAUUCACACGCUUAUUUCUGUGACUAGGUCUGUGUAUUCGCCUCGUAUUCAGUGGUGAGUGAGUGGAACCGGGUUCAAAAUUCAGAUUUCUGUCAGUGUUCAGGCCUGUCUGAGCACGAACACCUACAGAACUGAACUGACUUCACCAUGGACAAAGCAGAUUUCCUGAAAGGACUACCUGUGUAUAAUAAGACAAACUUCAGCAGAUUUCAUGCGGACUCCGUAUGUAAAGCAUCGAACAGAAGGCCGUCAGUAUAUCUGCCUACACGAGAGUAUCCCUCCGAACAGAUCAUUGUCACAGAGAAGACAAACAUCCUUUUGCGUUAUCUUCAUCAACAGUGGGACAAAAAGAAUGCAGCUAAAAAGCGAGAGCAGGAGCAAGCAGAAGGGGAGGGUGGCAGCCCAGCACCGCCCCGCAAAAUCGCCCGGACAGACAGUCAGGAGAUGAACGAGGACUCGUAGAGGAACCCCCCCUUUCCAACAGACGCAACACCCGCACACCACACAGGAAUUCAUCUCAGAAAGAAGGAAAUGGAACACUUAUCUUACAGUGUGCUUUUAUUAUUUUACUGAGUGCUUCCUGAUGCAGUCAGUGCCCAGUUGUGAAUGCGUGGGGGCGCGACGGCUUUCCACUGCCAGCUUCCAAGAUUCUGCUGAACUCUGAACUGCUUGGGGGUGAGACGGGGCGGGUACUGCGGUAUUCAACAAGCACAUAAUAAGGAAUGCCUGCUGUGAAGACGUGUGACAAUUAUGAUUUUGUUUAGGACACUAUCAAUGCAAUUUAAGUUUAAAAACACCCUAGUAAUCUCAGCUGUGGAUUUUUGCUUUCAUUAUAUACUAAAACUAAAAACACAGGGUCUCAAGUCAAGUGUCCAAAAAGGGAAAUUUCCGAAAUGUACAGCCUCGUUUGGCAGAUUUAGAUGUAGUGUUUCGUGUUGGUAAUGUAACGGCCUUCCUAGCAGGUGCAUACUUGUGCAUGAAUGCACUGUUAGGACUGCAAAUCUGUUGCCACAGAUUGAGGAUGAUAUGAAGAAAUACAAAUGGUGACGUCUCUCUCACUUCCUCCUGUUGUCAUAUAAGCUUUCAAUGCUGCGUUAAUCUCUGGUAUCAUUAAUCGAUCGCCUGCAUCCAAAUGCCCGACUCCAUCAUUGAUUUAAUCCCCGUGCGCCAAUUCAGUUGCAGUCCAUUUCCGCGUGUGAUGGGAUUUUCCCAGGCUAGAGAUUAAUAAUGUCUCUCCUUUGUUUUCUGGGUUUGUAGUUGUGUUGGAGUUCUGAGAUUUAAGGGGCAUCUAUGCAGCAUCCUCUCUUAACCUGCAGAGGGAGUCGGUGAACUGUGGUUGUGGUACAAUAAACAGUAGAAGCUUUAGACAUGGGGCUUAAUGGAGUCCACAACAUCCGUAAAACUGUUUUGUCACUGUGGCUGGAGACACCAUGUUACGUUAAGUCGGCAGUUUCGAGCCGUUUCUUGGCAAAGUUUGUUCAUAUGUUCUCGAUGAAAAGAUUAAAAUGUAUUGAAGCCAUCUACAAUAACAAAAAAAA